AGUCCUGCACAUGUGUACCGGCUCCUCCCCUUCAGUCCUGCACAGGUGUACCGGCUCCUCCCCUUCAGUCCUGCACAGGUGUACCGGCUCCUCCCCUUCAGUCCUGCACAGGUGUACCGGCUCCUCCCCUUCAGUCCUGCACAGGUGUACCGGCUCCUCCCCUUCAGUCCUGCACAGGUGUACCGGCUCCUCCCCUUCAGCCCUGCACAGGUGUACCGGCUCCUCCCCUUCAGCCCUGCACAGGUUUGUACCGGCUCCUCCCCUUCAGCCCUGCACAGGUGUACCGGCUCCUCCCCUUCAGCCCUGCACAGGUGUACCGGCUCCUCCCCUUCAGCCCUGCACAGGUGUACCGGCUCCUCCCCUUCAGCCUUGCACAGGUGUACCGGCUCCUCCCCUUCAGCCUUGCACAGGUGUACCGGCUCCUCCCCUUCAGCCUUGCACAGGUGUACCGGCUCCUCCCCUUCAGCCUUGCACAGGUGUACCGGGCUCCUCCCCUUCAGCCUUGCACAGGUGUGUACCGGCUCCUCCCCUUCAGCCUUGCACAGGUGUACCGGCUCCU